AUGUCCGCAGCAUCAACCCUCACUUUAAGCACUUCUGAUCUAUAUAACUGCAUUAGGCAGACUCAAGAACAAGUAAUAAGUUCAACCCCACAAUUCAGUCCAAAAUUUAUGUUCACUGUACUCAUCACAAAUGACCUGAUUUCUCUGCUAGGAAAAGUUCCUAAUGAACUUUUACUUACAGGGCUUUCCAAUAUUCCACAGAUCGCAGAAAACAUUUCACCUAAAUCAUUUUACCCAUCACCUCAAUCACUAUUUACAAAACGAACAGCACCAUUUCUUCCAAAUUAUUCACAUAAAAGGCUUACACUUGUUCUAGAUUUAGAUGAGACUCUAGGACACAAAAUUCAAGAAAAAUACUUAGUAAGGCCUUUUGUGUCAGAAUUUUUAAGUACACUCAGCGAACACUUUGAAAUCAUUUUGUUUACUGCUGCUUCACAGAGAUAUGCCGAUAGCGUUAUGAACUUUGUUGAUCCAGAACGAAAAAUAAAUUUAAGGCUCUAUAAGCACCAUACAAUUGAAGUAGACGGAGUCUUGGUAAAAGAUUUAAACUGUCUUGGCAGAGACCUUUCCAAAGUUAUUAUAAUUGAUAAUUUUGCGAAUAGUUUUCAAAGGCAGUCAGAAAAUGGCAUCGAAAUUCAGUCUUGGCUGGGUGACCCAAACGACCAUGCUCUAAAAGACCUGCUACCUUUUUUACUAAAAGUGGCUAAUGAAAAUACUGAAGACGUAAGAAUGGCCCUUACAGCAUUUAAAUUGACUAACUAA